AUGGCGACCAUCUGCCAUCGUCCUCGCCCGCUUCUCCUCGCCUUUGCGGCGGUGACCAUUGUGCUGCUCGUCAUGGUCACCGGGGGCGCUGAUGCUACGCCUGCGUGGAAGAUCAGCAUCGGACACUUCCAUCCUCCCAUUCCUCCAACGGAACCGUUCCCGCCACCUCCACCUCCCCACCUUCUGCCGACAACACAUGAGACCAACGAGAAGGGCGGUACGGCUGCAACUGCAACAGUGACGACUGCCGCCGAGUCCAACUAA